AGAGCUGGGACUAAAAAGCUAGUCAGACUCCUGGCGAAGCAGAACACCAGUUUUCUACGUCGAUUCACGUACCGGCAACACGACAUCCCACUAAGGCAACAUGGAUUGAUAUUGCGUAUGUCUAGUAUUUUUCUUUGGGCACUUUAGGCAUCGGAUUACGGAUUACAGACAGAGGCAGAAAUGAGCAGCGGGUAGUGAUCGGAUCGGCGUGGAGCGGAAGAUGCUGUCGGCUGCCUGACACCUGGUUUCCUCGGGAUCAUACGGGAUCUGAGCACCACUGGUUGGCGUUAACACAGUAAAGACGCAACCCAGAGAGUCGAUCGGCACUCACUUCACCGCCCAGCCUCUCUCCGCGGCUGCGCCUGCUUAAAGCUCGCGGCGCUGCACAGGCACCUUCCGGGGGGUUCAGGCGCACUCUUGACGGCCAGCAUGUUGCUCCAAAGCGUCUAAAAAUGGACGAGUCGUCCCUGCUGGACCUACUGGAGUGCUCGGUGUGCCUGGAGAGAUUGGACACCAGUGCUAAGGUGCUUCCGUGCCAGCACACCUUCUGCCGUCGCUGCCUGCAGAGCAUCGUUAGCUCCCGCAGCGAGCUGCGUUGCCCCGAAUGCCGCAUCCUGGUGGACUGCAGCGUGGAUGAGCUGCCUGCCAACAUCCUGCUGGUCAGGCUGCUGGAUGGGAUCAAGCAGCGACCCCACAACUCAUCUGCGUCUCCACCAGGGACAGUCAUCCGUGAUGCUCCCGCCGCAAACAGAAGCUCUCCGGUCAAGGGUACUCACAGAAGUAUGUGUGUGGAACAUCAUAUCACGAAUAUUCCCCAGCUGCCAUGUGGCAAAGCUCUUUACAACUAUGAGGGGAAGGAGCCUGGCGACCUGCGCUUCAACAAGGGCGACAUCAUCAUCCUGCGGCGAAAGGUGGACGAGAACUGGUACCAUGGAGAGCUCAACGGGAGUCACGGCUUCCUGCCAGCAAGCUACAUCCAGUGCAUCAAGCCCCUCGCCCAACCGCCACCCCAGGGAAAAGCGCUUUACGACUUCGAAGUGAAGGAUAAAGACCAAGAUAAGGACUGCUUGACGUUCACAAAGGAUGAAAUUCUCACUGUGAUAAGAAGAGUGGAUGACAAUUGGGCAGAAGGAAUGCUGGGAGAUAAAAUUGGGAUUUUCCCCCUUUUGUAUGUUGAGCUCAAUGAGACAGCAAAACAGCUGAUGGAACUCGAUAAACCUUGUCCCCCAUGUGGCCCAGAUUCUUCAGCCCCCGCUGGCUCCUGCUCCACCUCAAGUGCCACCUUGAAUGGCACUGGUGUCGUGAGUGCCAUCCACCGUCACAUUGACUGCAAGAAGAACACCAAGAAGCGCCAUUCGUUCACAGCACUCAGCAUGACUCACAGGACGGCUCAGGCCAUGAACAACCGGCACUCCAUGGAGAUUAGUGCCCCAGUCCUCAUCAGCUCCAGCGACCCCCGGGCAGCAGCCAGAAUUGGGGACACCCCUCAUCUUUCUUCUAGCGCACCUUCCCAGGACUCCAGCCCCUCAUUAGUAGGCACUUCGGUUGUCACAGCAGCCCCUCCAAGAAUUACUUCAACAGCAGCUGAUCAAGCUGGAGCAACUUUGACCAAAGUCCAGCUCCCCCUUAACAUAUACCUGGCCCUGUACGCUUACAAGCCCCAAAAGACAGAUGAACUGGAGCUCAGAAAGGGAGAGAUGUAUCGUGUGACAGAAAAGUGCCAAGACGGAUGGUUCAAAGGGACAUCGUUGAGGAGCGGCUCAUCUGGAGUUUUUCCCGGCAAUUAUGUGACUCCUGUGUCCAGGGCACCAUUUGCAAUGGGAUCAAGCCGCUCUACCCUGCCUGGAUCUGCACAGACAAUGAAGGGGGUUACCAACUCCCCCCAGCCCACAGGCUCCUCCAGUCCCAUUCUCAUGAAUGCGGUGACACGUCCAGUGGGUCCCAUGGCUGCUCCACCUACUUCCCCACAGAUGCAACAAGCUUCUGCUCAACCCAAGACCUGCCCACGGAUGUCUGGGCAGCAGACUGUAAACCAGGCCCGCAUGGUCACACAGACAGUUCCAGUGCACCCUCAAGCCCAGACACCGGAGCGGCCCACGGCCACCGUCCCACCACUGCGAACGCAGAGCUCACCAUCUCGCUCCCCAGUGACUGUGGUUCGACCACACGCAAUGCUAUCUCCUCAGCAUGUGCACCAGCCGCCAAUCCCUAGUACGUCAGGGACCCUUUGUGCCCGACCCAUUAUUCCACUGACCUCGGCCGCUGCCGCUAUCACCCCACCCAAUGUGAGUGCAGCAAAUCUGAAUGGAGAGACCAUCAAUGGACCGCUGCACCAAUGCUUACUUUCUCUCGCUCCAGCCAACAAUUCUCCCACCUUGCCAAAAGGAGAAGAGAAGAAAACUGAAAAGAAAGAAAAGAAAGGGGUUCUUCUGAAGCUGUUAUCAGGAGCAUCUGCUAAAAAGAAGUCUCGUUCUCCACCAUCAGUCUCUCCAACACAUGAACCCUCACCUCAGGCUUCCUCAGAGUCCCCUAUUCAGGGGGCCAUGGCUCCCGAACUGCCGUCGGUCUCCAAUCAUGGACGAGCAGGCUCCUGUCCUAUCGAAAGUGAAAUGCAAGGAGCUAUGGGAAUGGAACCCUUGCACAGAAAGUCAGGAUCCUUGGAUUUAAAUUUUUCGGUUUCUCCACCUGCAAGACAGCCUUGCUCUUCUCUGAUUGCCAUACGUCCAGAGCCGAAACCUCUUUCUCGGGAAAGGUACCGAGUGGUGGUCCCAUAUCCGCCCCAGAGUGAGGCAGAGAUCGAACUCAAGGAAGGAGACAUUGUGUUUGUCCAUAAGAAGCGAGAGGACGGCUGGUUCAAGGGAACGUUACAGCGUACCGGGAGGACUGGCCUCUUCCCAGGCAGCUUCGUGGAGAGCUUCUGAGAAGCACAGUUACACCAUAGCACAUAUUUUCAAAAAAGAAAAAAAAAAAUUAUUUGCAUCUUUGCAGUUUUGGAAAAAAAAAAGAAAAUUCUGUUGAAUGAAAAUUCCAGCCGAGUCUUUUCCGACAUUGAUUAUUCUCUUGAGCACAACAAGACAUUUGCAAUGGAAAGAGAAUUCACCUUCACUGCCAUCUUUACUUUCAAAGAAAGAAAUGGACAGUUUUUUUUUUUUUCUUUUUUCUUUUUCAUUCAUUACAUACAAGCACAGAGAGAAAGGCCGGAGUGACCAUGCUGCUCACUUCUGAGGUGUUGCAGCCGUGCCUUCCAGCCGCAUGGUCACAGACUGACUGCCCACCCGAGGAGCGCCUUGCAGCACGGGGGUUCAUUUCUAUACAAAAGAAUAUUUAUGAAGUCUGUAUAUUAUUACACUUUAUAUUGCCGCAAAAAGUAUUUAUAUACUGUAUAGAAAGAGAGAUGGAGAGGCCCCUUUGGAUUAUAUAAAUGGCGCCUUUAAUCGUGGGCAACGCCCUAAUAAGCUUAGUGAAACAACCAAGAAAUAAAACAGAGCAUCGUUCAGAAAUGACUGCAGUGGAGCACAUAAGAAUUUUGAUAAAAUAAAAGAGCAGCAAAACAACAACAUCAAGCAAUCAAAGAUCCAACAAAUACACGAGGAGUGUAAUGAAGCACAUAGGAAGCAAAAGCACCGAACUGAUCUCUUGAGCAGCCAGUGACUGCAAUGAAGCGCAUAGGAUUUUUUUUAUUAAACAAAAUUAUUAAACAAAGUUAGCACAGUGACCCCUUAAAGAGCCAAUAAAUAUAGCGCCUUUUACAAUG